UUACGUUGAUGAUGCGUACGUUUUUUUCUUUUCUUUUAACAAUUCUGUUGUAAAUAAACGAAUGACAGAGACGCGCCUGUUGGUGAAGUCGCUACCAAAAUUGUUGUAAAUACGGAAUUCUAUUACUGAACUGUUUAUUAAGGCUGGUGUGGCUUCGUUGAUGUCAUUUCUACCCGCCAGUUUGCUGCCAGCCACUAGAGUCAGACUGUGUCCUGCCACACAGGUAGCUUGUGGCCAAUGCCACAGGCUCAACCUGCCCACAGAAGUGGACUGUCACCAUUGGAAAAAGCUAUCAAGUUGGCCUCAACAGACCUCUUGCUUCCACGUGGCUGCUGGACUGAAGAGGGGGUGCCUGUGGAUCUGCCAGCACUGAAAGCUGACAUGUCAGAAUUAAAUAAAGAGGUGGUGGAUCUGGUAUGGGGGAGACCAUCCGGUGGAGGAGUGUCUGCCUCCAUCUUCCGUAGAUGGACCCAAGGGUUUGUUUUUAGUGAGAAUGAGCACACAGCACUGGAGCAGUUUGAAGGAGGGCCAUGUGCUGUAAUUGCCCCUGUCCAGGCGUUCCUCUUAAAGAACAUUCUCUUUCAUAGAGAAAGUUCCAACUGGAGGCAGAUGUCAGAUGAGGAGCAGAAAACGGCCCUGUGUUCAACGCUGAGUGAGAUCCUGGAGUCGGCCUGUUCCAGCCCCUCCACGGGGUUCUGCCUGGUUACCUGGGCCAAGGGACAGAGCCCACACACUAGCACACACACCAACACACACACGCCGUCGCAAACACAGGACACGCCAGAGCCAGAGAGCAGCCAACAACCACAGGAACAGCAACCCACUGCUUUGGCUGCUGAGGAACUUGGCUUUGUGCGAUUUCACAGUGUUCUCCACAAGCGGACAGUCGUGUCAGCGUCUGAUCUCAGAGAAGAGGUGCUGUCUCUCUACCACACCUGGAGGGGGUGCUGUGGAGUCUUGCUUUUCCUCUACUCCGUCAUCCUCACCAAGGGCAUUGAAAACAUAAGGAAUGAGAUCCAGGACACAAUGGAGCCUCUCAUAGACCCUGUUCACGGCCAUGGAAGUCAGAGCCUGGUGAACCUUCUCGUAACUGGCCAUGCUGUCUCUAAUGUCUGGGAUGGAGACAGGGAGUGUUCUGGCAUGAAACUACAUGGAAUUCAUAAACAGGCAUCAGUUGGCUUCCUCACGCUCAUGGAAUCACUGCGCUACUGCAAGGUCGGGGCAUUCCUCAAAUCUCCAAAAUUCCCUAUUUGGAUACUUGGCAGCGAAACACACCUCUCUGUAUUUUUCACCAAGGAGAUGUCACUGGUAGGUCCAGAGUCUCCGUCAGAACAGGCAAGGAGGGUCUUCCAGUCAUUUGAUCCCGAAGAUAAUGGCUUCAUACCAGAAUCUCUGCUGGAGGACGUGAUGAAGGCUCUUGACCUUGUCUCAGAGCCCGAGUAUGUCAGUCUGGUCAAAAGCAAACUGGAUCCAGAGAGCUUGGGUAUAAUUCUUCUGGGCCCGUUCCUGUUGGAGUUCUUCCCUGAUCAGGAUUCAGGAAUCCCAGACUCAUUUCCCGUCUACCACUACAAUGGUCUUAAACAGUCCAACCACAAAGAGAGGGUGGAGUACGUAGAAGGGACGGCUCUGGUGCUAGGUUUCGAGGACCCGAUGGUUCGGACGGACGACACCCCGGUGAAGCGCUGCCUACAGACCAAGUGGCCCUACAUCGAGCUGCUGUGGACCACCGACCGCUCCCCGUCGCUCAACUAACACCGACAGUCCUGUGUGUCUGUGGAUGGACCAGUACUGCCCCACCACACACACACACCCCCCCCACAUCUUCAGCUUCCCCUCCGCACACUGACACCAGAAAAAGGUCGGCAGCUUACAAAGACUGAGACAAAAAAAAUACACAAACGAAUGAGAAACAACACAAAUGCACACCAACAUGUUCAUGGACUGAGCAUUUAAAGCCUGACAUCCAUUCUUUCCAUCCUCGCUCACACAUUCCACCCAAAUGCAAACUGCAGUUAACGCUAUUGUCUGUUCACCACGGCUUGUAAUCGACACGCAGGAUGUUUAUGAUGUGAUUAUUUAAAAAGAAACAAGAAAAAAAAGAGUGAAUGUUUAUUUUUACAGCUCUGCUCUGUGCCGACACCUCAGCUACAGUUUGGCAGUAGACAGAAACUGUUUAGAGGACAAACUAGUCUGAUUCGACUCGAGUGUGUCAUCGAAUCUACAUGCUGAUCCACAUAUAGAGCCAGUCGACUGUGAAACACUACUGUUAAUCCAGCUACAGGACUGUUAGAGGGAAAACCUACCAAAGCCUUCCACAUAAAGACACACAGACAGACACACACACACAUACACACAAGCACACACACACACACCGUCACUCCCACUGCUAUGAGUUUACAGCGUAAAGGGACCAACCCAGACGCAGAGAUCUGGAGAUCUGAACAGAAGGUUUUCCAUGUUUUAUUCGAGAUGAAGCUGGUUCAGGUGCUCUAUGAUGUGUGUGUGUGUGUGCGCGCGCUCCGUGCACGACACUGGGAUGUUGGCCACGUGCUCAUGUAUUUAUUAUCACGCUCAAAGGUUCUGGAAUAAACACUUUUUUUGUUCAAA